CCCAGCCCCGCCCCGGGCGGCCGAGCCCAGCCGCGCCGCUGAAGGGCACCGGCGGCGGCGGCGAGGCUUCCCCGCGCUCUCCCGCGGCUGGGGCGCGCCCGCCCCGCAGCAUGGAGGCUGGGAAGCGCAGCUCCUCUGCCGGCAGCCGGGACGAUGGCAGCGCUAACUCCUUCCCAGCCAAGCCGGCGGCUCCGGUGGAGAAAGCCCAGAGCAGCCCCGGCGGCGGGGGCAGCGGUGGCGGCGUGAAGGAGCAUGGCAACUCGGUGUGCUUCAAAGUGGACGGUGGCGGGGGCGAGGAGCCCGUGGUGGGCUUCGAGGAUGCCGAGGGGCCCCGGCGGCAGUACGGCUUCAUGCAGCGGCAGUUCACCUCCAUGCUGCAGCCGGGGGUCAACAAAUUCUCCCUCCGCAUGUUCGGCAGCCAGAAGGCGGUGGAGAAGGAGCAGGAAAGGGUUAAAACUGCGGGGUUCUGGAUCAUCCACCCCUACAGCGACUUCAGGUUUUACUGGGACUUAAUCAUGCUCAUAAUGAUGGUUGGAAAUCUUGUCAUUAUACCAGUUGGAAUCACAUUCUUCACAGAGCAAACAACAACACCAUGGAUUAUUUUCAAUGUGGCAUCAGACACUGUUUUUCUAUUGGACUUGAUCAUGAAUUUUAGAACGGGGACUGUAAAUGAAGACAGCUCUGAAAUAAUACUGGACCCUAAAAUCAUUAAGAUGAAUUACUUAAAAAGCUGGUUUGUAGUUGACUUCAUCUCGUCAAUACCAGUGGAUUAUAUCUUUCUCAUUGUAGAAAAAGGAAUGGAUUCAGAGGUUUACAAGACAGCAAGAGCACUUCGUAUUGUGAGAUUUACAAAAAUCCUCAGCCUGUUACGUUUAUUACGCCUUUCAAGACUGAUUAGAUACAUACACCAGUGGGAAGAGAUUUUCCACAUGACGUACGAUCUGGCCAGUGCUGUGGUGAGAAUCUUUAAUCUGAUUGGAAUGAUGCUGCUGCUGUGCCACUGGGAUGGCUGCCUGCAGUUUUUAGUACCAUUACUCCAGGAUUUCCCACCAGAUUGCUGGGUGUCCCUAAACGGUAUGGUUAACGAUUCCUGGGGAAAGCAGUACUCAUACGCACUCUUCAAAGCCAUGAGCCAUAUGCUCUGCAUUGGUUAUGGAGCCCGCGCCCCCGUCAGCAUGUCUGACCUCUGGAUAACCAUGUUGAGUAUGAUUGUGGGGGCAACUUGUUAUGCGAUGUUUGUUGGUCAUGCCACUGCCCUCAUUCAGUCUCUGGAUUCAUCACGGCGACAAUAUCAAGAGAAGUACAAACAAGUGGAACAGUACAUGUCAUUCCACAAGUUACCUGCUGAAAUGCGCCAGAAAAUCCAUGAUUACUAUGAGCACCGCUACCAAGGCAAGAUCUUUGAUGAAGAAAACAUUUUGAAUGAGCUCAACGAUCCCCUCAGGGAGGAGAUUGUCAACUUCAACUGUCGGAAGCUGGUUGCUACAAUGCCUCUUUUUGCUAAUGCAGACCCAAAUUUUGUGACUGCCAUGCUAAGCAAAUUGCGAUUUGAGGUGUUCCAGCCUGGAGAUUAUAUUAUCCGAGAAGGGGCUGUGGGUAAAAAGAUGUAUUUCAUUCAGCAUGGUGUUGCUGGUGUCAUCACCAAAUCCAACAAGGAGCUGAAGCUGACAGAUGGCUCUUACUUUGGAGAGAUUUGUCUUUUGACCAAGGGCCGUCGAACUGCCAGUGUACGAGCAGAUACAUACUGUCGCCUGUAUUCCCUCUCAGUGGACAACUUCAAUGAGGUUCUGGAAGAGUACCCCAUGAUGAGAAGGGCCUUUGAAACGGUGGCAAUUGAUAGACUUGACAGGAUAGGGAAGAAGAACUCGAUCCUCCUGCAGAAGUUCCAGAAGGACCUCAACACGGGGGUUUUCAACAACCAGGAGAAUGAGAUUUUGAAGCAGAUUGUGAAGCAUGACAGGGAGAUGGUGCAGACCAUCGCCCCAGUAAGCUUGCAGCAGAUGCCCGCCCUGAACUCCAGCACCUCUGCCUCAUCGUCAUCACGCAUCAGGACGCAGUCCCCUCCUGUGUACACCACCAGCAGCCUGUCCCACGGAAACCUGCACUCCCCCUCGCCCAGCACGCAGACGCCCCAGCAGGCUGUCAUCCUCUCGCCCUGCUCCUACACCACCGCCAUCUGCAGCCCGCCUGUACAGAGCCCUCUGGCUGGCCGAACUUUCCAGUACGCCUCACCGACUGCCUCACAGCUCUCCCUCAUGCAGCAGCAGCCGCAGGCACCCCAGCAGCCCCCCGGGGCUGCGCAGAAGAACGAGGUCCACAAGAGCACCCAGGCCCUCCACAACACCAACCUGACCCGAGAGGUGCGGCCCCUCUCUGCCUCACAGCCUUCCCUGCCCCACGAGAUCUCCACACUGAUCGCCAGGCCUCACCCCACUGUGGGGGAGUCCCUCGCCUCCCUCCCACAGCCCACCCCUGCCCCAGGCGUGCCGCCGGCUAGCCGGGCCACUGUCCCCCAGAGGGUCUCGCUCUUCCGACAAAUGUCCUCGGGAGCCAUCCCCCCAAACCGGGGUGCUGCGCCACCCCCAGCCCCCCUGCAAAGGGAUUCUUCCACAGUCUUAAGCACAGAGCCUGAGGGAGACAAACCGCGGUUCGCGUCAAACUUAUGAUCCCUGGUAACUGUGAGCAACAGACUUGUAACGAACCGAGCACCGCCCCCAGAACUGUUUUAGCCUGUUUCCUAAUGUACCCCAGCAGUCUACUAUUAGAAAACACUCUAGACAGCUUUGCCCUACAUAAAGAAUGUAAAAUUUAUAUAUA